AACUUAUUUGCCUGCCUGCCACUGUGCUGUCAGUCAGGGAAUGAAUGUGUACGGCUAGCCGGCUAGUAGCUUUGGCAAUGUUGUCACUAUCAGAAUGAUAUCGCAGCGGGACAGAGGAGAACUUGCUCGGUUUUAUACUGUCACAGACCCUAAAAAGCACCAGAAAGGCUACACCGUGUACAAAGUCACCGCAAGGAUUAUCUCCAGGAAGAACCCAGAAGAUGUCCAAGAGAUAACAGUAUGGAAGAGAUACAGUGAUUUCCGGAAGCUUCAUCAGAAUCUCUGGCAGCUGCACAAGAAUGUAUGUAGCCAGUCUGAGCUGUUUCCCCCCUUUGCCAAGGCCAAAGUGUUUGGUCGUUUUGAUGACUCAGUGAUUGAGGAGAGAAGACAGUGCUCUGAGGAUCUGCUGCAGUUCUCUGCUAAUAUCCCUGCUCUCUACAGUAGUCAGCACAUCCAAGAUUUCUUCAAGGGAGGUGAGGUCCACGACGGCUCAGAGCUCAUUGGACCAGCUGAGCCCUUUUCGGACUUCCUGGCAGACAGUUUGUCAGACUGCAGCUCUGAUGUUCAAAGAGACAUCAGCGGUGCUGAGGAUUUGACUGUCACAUCUGAGUAUGGAGGCCCGUCCAGUGACAGCGACCUGACCUCCCUGGCUGUGGAUACAGACUCUCUGGCUGAGCUGGAUGAUGGCAUGGCCUCAGGCCGUACCUCCCCAAACCAUCCACAAGGGGGAGCUACCAACAUUAGCAGCAGCUGCAGCCCUCGCUUGCCCUCCCUGCACGAACGCCGCACCCCAUCUCCUGCCCCGGUCCCUGCCUCCUCUGCCCCUAACCCAGAGGUCAGCUGGCCGGGCCGGACGCCACUCUUUUCCGGCGGUUUGAAGAAAGCCACCGGUGGAAACCCAAAGGACGUAAAGUCAGAUUACCUGGACAAAGCCAGUGAACUCAUCUGCCUGGCUGUACAGAGGGAGAAAGAGCAGGACUACCAGGCAGCUUUUUCCUACUAUCGCAAUGGGGUGGACCUGCUACUGCAAGGAGUGCAAGGUGAACCCAGUCCCACGCGGCGGGAGGCAGUGAAGAAGAAGACUGCUGAGUAUCUGAUGCGAGCAGAACAGAUAUCCAGUCAGCAUCUGAGAAGCAACAUGGGUCAAGGGUCAACACAGUCAGUGGCUUUGGGGGCACAGUGCUGUCCUUCCACCAGCAGAGGGGGUCAGCAGAGUCCAUCUGAGGAGCUGAGAGCUUACAGGGUGUUGGGGGUCAUAGAUAAGGUUCUUUUGGUCAUGGACAAGAGAACAGAAGAGACGUUCAUCCUGAAGGGUCUGAGGAAAAGCAGUGACUGUGGGCGGACUAAGAGGACCAUCAUGCCUCACUCCGUGCCCCACAUGGUGCAGCUGAGGAAGUUCAUCGUCUGUGAAGACGCGGUUUUCCUCCUGCUGCAGUAUGCUGAAGGUGGGAAACUGUGGUCGCACAUUGGAAAGUACCUGCGUAAUUCAAGCCCAGAGGAGAGCUUUGACAUUCCUUUCAUCCAGAAGAGCCACACGGCGGCUGUGCACUCCCCACAACACGUACAUGUACCACAGCUGGACCUAGGUUCAGCCAGUUCCGGUUCAGGGCCUGUUGCUGGUUCCGAUUCUGUCUCAGAGCUGCAGAAGGAGGGAGAAAGCCUCAUCACGUCUCCCCUUAAAAGUGCUCUCCCUCUUAGGCUCAUGGAGCAAAUUGGGGCCCAGUCAGACUCCGGAGCCACCUCUGAGGAAGAGUGCACUAACAGUUAUUUGACGCUCUGCAAUGAGUAUGAACAAGACAAAGUAGAACCAGAUGCACUAGAGGAGGAAGAGAAGAGCGAACAGGAAAUGCUGUCACUGGAGGUGCCCAUUGCGACGACCACCACCUCCUCACGUAGCCGCUCGCUGCUGAGCAACGACAGCCUCUCCUCACCUCUCAGCUCUCAGGAACUUGGCUUCUUCACCGAGUCGUCUGACAAAAGCGGCCACACCCACGACAACGAGCAAGACCGUGGUGAGGGGCAGGACCACGGCGAAGUCUUUAGUCCUUUACCCUCCCCUGCCGCGCCUCUGUCUCUGGAUCAGUCCAAGCACACGCCAAUGGAGUUUUUCCGUAUCGACAGCAAAGACAGCGCAAGUGAGGUGACCUGCCUCGACUCAGGAGAGCAGCGGCCCCUUCAUAAGCCGGUCCCACACUUUUCUACGUCUGACCUGGGCUCGGAUUUCACCGAGGGUCUUCCAGAGCUGGCUCAGGAGGUCAAGGGCCACAGCUCGGAGCUUUGGUGGUUGGACUGCAGUGAUAAAGGCUCCAAUGAGUCCGUGCCAGUCAUUUCAUUUAAAGAGGCAGUAGUGGAGGAUGAGGGUCACCCGCCAGAUCUUUUGGUCAACCUCCCUGUAAUGAGUGGGGCUGUGGACUCAUUACAGGAGGAAUUAGAGGCUUCGGGGGUGUGUCUGGGCCUCGAGGCCACAGCCUCUCCUCAGAAAUUCAUUCAGCCUGAUGUUUUACAGCUUCACAGCCAGCCUGACGAAGGGGAGGAGCAGCCGCUGGAGCAGGAGUUUUCAUCUUUGUGUAUAGCCUCUGCAACCUGUGACACCAGUGUUGCAUCUUCCUCUCCCCUCAACUCACUGUGGGAUGACUACAGCCUUGCAUUUGGACAAGAGGCCUCUGACAAAAUGGGUGUUGAACCUGAAAAUAAUGACCUCCCUCUUGAUCCAGAUACUGACUCCCACAGUGAGACACUAGAGGCCGGUACAAGGGUGAACACAGACCCCGGUGCAGACUCUAUCCCAGCCACGAAUGGGACUGAGGCCUGUGCUGUGGUUGAGAGUUUACUGAAUCUUGAUGGUGAAUCAUCAGGAGUUGUUAGUAAUACAGGUGGCAGCGAAUUUGAUAAAGAAGUAUCACGGCUGUUUGCAGAGCUGGACGAGCUGUCGCUGGCUGCGUCCCAAGCUCGCAUCCCGGAGGAGUUUGUACGAUGCUGGGCCAUAGAGAUGGUGACAGCCCUGGACUCUCUGCACCAAGAGGGCAUCAUCUGUCGAGACCUAAACCCCAAAAACAUUCUGCUUGACCACAAAGGUCAUGUUCAGAUCACCUACUUUUGUAGCUGGAGUGACGUGGAGGAGUCCUGUGACAAAGAGGCCAUUGCCAAUAUGUACUGUGCACCAGAGGUGGGAGGUAUCGGCGAGGAAACGGCAUCGUGUGAUUGGUGGAGUUUGGGCGCCAUCCUGUUUGAGCUCCUGACAGGCAUGUCUCUGCUCCGGUGCCAUCCGGCUGGAAUCGGUCGACACACGGCUCUCAACAUCCCUGAAUCUGUUUCAGAGGAGGCCAGAUCUCUGCUGGAGCAGCUGCUCCAGUACAACCCAAUGGAGAGACUGGGAGCAGGAGUGGGAGGCGUGGAUGAUAUUAAAUCCCACCCUUUCUUUGCCAGAGUAGACUGGCCCAAGUAGACGCUGUGCAUUGUGGGACUGCAGAAAGCAGGGCUGCAUGCUGGGAAACUGGCAGUCCCGAAUGAACUCCUUUCAGACUGGACAUACAAGUAGAUAAACAGUAAAUCCAGAUUAUGCAUUUCUGCACACAUCUCCCAUUUUGUGUACGGCCAUUCAGGCCCCAUGUACUUUUUUUUUUUUAAUUAUUAUUUUUUUAUAGAGUUUGCCAAACAGCAGUAUUACCUUCCCUGUAAGUUGCUCAUUUCUUUAUCUCAUAGAGGGUUUUUUUGGUGCAGGGAACAUUUAACGAGUAGUGCAAUAAUUUUUACAAUAAGUGCUUGUAUUGAGUGACGAUUCACAACAGCAUUGUUGCUUUUACACUCCUCAUACAGUAGCUGUAAGCCAAAAUAACACAACAGAAAGUGAGAGGUGACAUUUUGUCCUCGUGUUGUCACUGCAUUAAUGAAGUACUGUACGUUAUCCAUUCAAACUGAAGCAGACUUAUGUCACCUUUUCUAAAGACGCGUGUGCAAUACACUUAAUUUGUUGCCACCUAUAACACUUGUGUCAUUCCUCAUGGAGCCCGUUGAGAUUAAAUUGAGACAGGUUGAGCUUUUUCUUUGAUGCUGGGGUUGUGUUCUGAUUUAGAAACUUUUUUUUUUUGCCAACCCCUUUUACCAACAACCAGCUGAAGUACAGUAACAGAUAGACACUAUGCAAGGUGACUGAACAAAAUCUUCUGCAGUGAGAGAUGGGUCUUGAUUCUGAGUUAAGAACUUAGUUAUACUAAGACUGAAUUAUUUAAUAGAUUAUAGCUAGGAAAAGGGCCAGUAAAACAAAUUAAGCCUUCAGCCUGUGUGGACAGCGAGAGUUUUUCAUUCGGGAAAGAAAGAAUAACGACGGACAAGGCUUGAACCACGCAUUUGAAACCAGCCCUUUUAUAGAUUAUAGCUGAUUUUAUGAAUAUCAGAGGAAACUCUCUGUACUGUGCAACACUGCAUUUUGUGCAUGUAAGAAUAUGAUUUAUGUAAUAUAUUUAAUACUAUGAAAAAUCUAUUGAACAAUAAAUAAUGUGUGUUUUGUAAAUAUGCCUUUUAAAGGAUGUUGUGCUGAGUGACAGGUACACCCAGGUGUCAAAGCCUUGAUUAUGUCAAACUUGUCAAUCACUUACUGCCUCAUCAAUCAAAUCCUUUUAUUUGAUUGUGUGUUUUGUGUUUAAGCAACACAUCCGCUAACUUGCCACAUACAUAGAUCAUAAUCCUUUUAUAAUAUCUAUAAUGACUGAAUGAUAUGGUAAACAUUUCAAUGGUAACAUUACUACCAUAUAUCAUCUCUUGUAUAAUCAGAUGAGAAUAAAUUUCUCUAACAACAUGCAGAUAAUCACUCCACGGUAGAAGCUGCUCUGUUGACUCCACUGAACUGUGGUGGAAUACAUGUUAACUAACUGAUCUGUAAAUUACAAAAUCCAUAUUUCACCUAUUAACCACUUCUAUUAGGCAUAAACAUCACAGUGAGAUCAGAUUUUUUUCUCUGGUUUCUGUUGAAUGCUCACUCUUACCUGUGCUGUAUGUCUGUACUGGUCUGUCAGUUCAUUCUGGAAAACAAUAAACAUACCUGGAUGAGUACAUGAA